AUGAGCUCCACACCUCACAAAGGCUGUGUUCGCCCUGUGUCCGUUUCUAAAUCUCCUUUGGAGAAACAUCCAUUCAAGUUCUUUGCCGAUUUUUUGAUUCACCUUUUUGGAGUUUUGCUGGCCAUUUUAGGAAACUUGGUAAUCAGCAUUUCCCUAAAUAUUCAGAAAUAUUCUCAUCUUCAGCUGGCACAGCAAGAGUAUCCGAGGCCAUACUUCAAGAGCAUGCUGUGGUGGGGUGGUGUCAUCCUGAUGGCCUUGGGAGAGACAGGGAACUUUGCAGCCUAUGGUUUUGCCCCCAUCACUCUCAUCGCUCCAUUAGGUUGUAUGUCUGUGACAGGGAGUGCCAUUACGUCUGUUGUAUUUCUGAAAGAAAAUUUGAGAGCCUCAGAUUUACUAGGUAUGACAUUGGCAUUUGCAGGAAUGUAUCUUUUGGUGACCUUUGCUCCAAACAUAACUCAGGCUAUCUCUGCAAGAACAGUGCAGUAUUACUUUGUUGGCUGGCAGUUCCUGAUCUAUGUGAUUUUAGAAAUAUUGAUUUUUUGCAUCCUUCUAUAUUUUCUUAAAAGAAAAGGAAUGAAGCACAUUGUGGUUCUGCUAACCCUAGUGGCACUUCUAGCCUCAUUGACUGUUAUUUCAGUAAAAGCCGUCUCAAGCAUGAUCACUUUUUCUAUGACGGAUAAAAUGCAACUAACUUAUCCCAUCUUCUAUAUCAUGUUUACCAUCAUGAUAGCAUCUUGUGUUUUCCAAGUCAAGUUCCUGAAUCAAGCCACGAAACUCUACAAUACGACGACGGUGGUGCCAGUUAACCAUAUUUUCUUUACAACCAGUGCCAUUAUUGCAGGUAUCAUAUUUUAUCAGGAAUUCCUUGGUGCCGCUUUUCUCACUGUAUUUAUAUAUCUUUUUGGGUGUUUUCUGUCAUUCCUUGGCGUGUUUUUGGUCACAAGAAAUCGAGAAAAGGAACAUCUGCAACAGUCUUAUAUUGACUUUGGAAAUAUUCCUGGGAAACAAAUGUUGGACAAAAUACAACCAGAUUCAAAUAACUUAUCCUAUGGAACUUUGCCUGAUGGAAGUGACUCAACAAAGAGCCAAAGUGGAGAGAAGAAAGAGGUCUAAAAUGCCGAGAGGGAUGGCUGUGGGCCUGUUAUUCGAUACCACCUUUUUAAAAAAUUGCACAUGUUCAAUUUGUGUCAGCAGCUAUUUUAUGCUGACAUGUGCUAGCUUCGUUUCAGUCUUUUCCCCCACCUCGGUGUCUAUGGACAUUCAGGGCCCUCCUAAGCUUUGACAGUCUAAUGUUUUCAUGGAAUGUAACUUGAAGUGUUCCCCACACCCUGGACCUCUCCCUGGCGAUCAUCUAACCGGCUAGAUCUUAAUUAGAGCCUGGCUGCUCAUGCUGGAAUGUCACACAAAAAUGUGCAUUCACGAUUUGGCCGUAGAACACAUAGGUUGCUACUCCCACACGGCUUGUAGUGUCAGUUGUUCUGCUUUAAGGAGACACUAUAGCUCCACAACCUCACCUCACUCCUGAAAGAAAAGAUUUUUCCUGGUAUACUUUGUAGGAACCUCCCCAUAUUAAAAACAAAACAAAAUAAAACUUAAUGUUUUUAUUUCUCAGUUAGAAAGGCAAGUCAUCUUUUCUGAAAGAUAGCGCUAUUAAAAAUCCCCCUUUAAGAAUCAGCCACUGUGGUACAUAGAUAACACAAGUGCCCUGCAAGGCUGGAAGUCUUAUGGCAGCCACAGGUGUGACUCCCCAAGUUGACCUGAGAACACACUGGGUGCGAA